AUGACUAUCCAUCGUGCCCCUUGGAGCCCAGCUCAUGGAAAAUCGGGAGAUCCGGAACAAUUCUUUUCUGGUACAGAUUCCAUGUCAGAAUCCGGAUCGGAAAAUUCAAUAAUUGACGGUAUUGUGGAAGAAGAUAAUGGCGCUCUUCAGGUUCAAUUGGUUCCCCCAAUCUGUCAGAUAAUUGAUUAUCCGCGUCUUCAUCGUCUGCUGGACUUCUGUUGCGUCGUUUGCGAAAAGUUGACCACAUAUGAUAAUUCAGCCGAUUGCGCGACUAAAGAGGAGUGUGUCAGCAUCGCCAACAAUUUUCUGGACCUCAUUGAGGAGGAUUUUCAUCAAUCCAAUACUAAUUAA